AUGAGUGUACAAGGACCUGAAGCCGCGUGCAAGAAUCUGGAAGAAGCCGGGCUACAGCCGCGGCUUAUCUACUCUUCUGAAGACAGAUAUCGCGACGAGGUGAAACCACACUGGUCACUUACCGCUCAACUCACGCCGUAUUACGUUGUGCAACCCUAUUCUACACAUGAAUUAUCUCAAGCAGUCGAGAUUUUGGCAAAAGCUGAGGAUUGUAUCUUUGCGGUAAGAGGUGGGGGACACUGCGCGUGGGCCGGUGCCAGCAACUCUGGUUGCAUAUGGAACGACGUGUAUCAGGCUAUCGAGCCCCAUAGUGUAACCGUCAAUGGCGGUCGUGAUGCUGACGUGGGCGUUAGCGGACUUCUAUGCGGCGGCGGCCUUUCUUGGUUGCUACCUCGACAUGGCUUUGCCUGCGACACAGUUGUCAACUACGAAGUUGUCCUUGCCAGUGGCGAUAUAAUUAACGCCAACAAGAGCGACAAUGCCGACCUCUUUAUUGCCCUCAAGGGAGGAGCCUGUAACUUUGGAAUCGUUAGCCGCUUCGACUUGGAAGCGUUUGAAGCAACGGAGGUUUGGGGUGGACUGCAUAUUUGCAACACGUCGUCCACCUCUACCAGCAUCCAAAACUUUGUCAACUACGUUCAUAAUAUUGAGGAGGAUCUAGACACUUCUUAUGGAAUCAUGUGGGGUUGGCAGCCAAGUUUGAGAACAAACAUGCUUACGUUUGUGAUAUGCAAUACUCAAGGAGUGGCCAACCCUCCGAUGCUGGCAAAGGUCCUGGAGAUCCCGGCUGUAGUGAGCACAGUCCAACAUCAAAGUGUAGCAAGUCUUGCUCUGAACAUGAAGUCGCCAUUCUCAUAUCAUAACAAGUGGUUAUCGGCUACGUUCAAGAACAGCACAGAAAUUCUUACAAAAGCAGCCGAGCUCCAUGCAGAGUGCGUCACCAAACUCAGUGCGACGAUUCCUACCGAUGGUUUUAGCACUAUGUGCUUUGCACAGGCUCUUCCUACACUCUACGCCAAACGGAGCCAGGAAAGAGGUGGCAACGUUCUCGGUGUAGAUCUGCUGAGUGGAAAUUGCAUCACCUUCCUUGCUGCUGCGCAUAUCAAAAUGGAGGAGCAUGUGGAAGAUGGAUUUCGUAUCUUGCAGGAGUGGCACGAUGAUCUAAUCCAAUAUGCCAAGGACCGGGAGCUUUUGGAGGGGUGGCUGUACCUCAACUACGCGGACAAGUCGCAGAACCCGCUGCGGGCCUAUGGCGAGGAAAAUAUUAGCAAGAUCCAAGCCGUGGCUCUCAAAUACGAUCCAGACCGUGUCUUCCAGGAAAAGUGCCCUGGUGGAUUCAAGAUCACAAACAUCUAG